AUGUCUUUGCAGAUUCCAAAACUUUACUGUAUAAUUAUUAUAUUGUUAAUUACUAAAGUAUGGACUACUACAGUAGAUGAAGCUUUUCAAUUUGCUAUUUCAUGUUUAAAGUAUGAUAUAAUAGAAUAUAAUAAUGAAGGAUUAUUUUCAGAUAUAAAUAACAAUUUUGAAAACUUAAUAUCAAGUGAUUUUGAUAUUAUUGAAGAUAGGUUAAAGGUAAUAGAAUGUAAAUUGACUAAUGAAUUAUAUAAUAUUAAUACCUUGAAUCGUAAAGAUAAACAGAAAAUUAGAAGUUUGGAUAUUUUGGAUUCACAUGAAUUUACUAAAUAUUUAAAAAAUUUGGAAAUAAUAAAUAAGAAUAAACAAUUUAGUGAUUAUAUAUGCCCAAUAAGAUGUAAUGAAAUUAUAAAAGAAGUAUUAGGAUAUGAAAAGGAUGAAGAUAAAAGGGAUAAUCUAUUUUUAGAGAGGGUAUGUGAAGAUGAAAUAUUUUCAAUUAGAAAUUGUGUUAUUUAUUUUGAAAAUAAUAUAACCUUAGAAAAUAUGAAUAUAAAGAGAAGUGACUCACUAGAUAUAUGCAAAAAAAUUGCAAAGAAUUUGAAACGAAAAUCAUUAAAUAUAGAAGAAAUUUCUAAUUUUGUAGCACUUGAUUUAGCAAUUCAAGAAUAUACUGGUUCUUCAUUGCAUUUAAUUCUAAAAAUAGAUCCUGAAGAUGUAUACUUUAGUCGUCCAGUUCAAUAUUUUAUUGAAUCAAUUAAACGAGUUAAUUCAAAUUCUAUAUUUAAUAAUAAGGAUGUAUCAGAGAAUUCUAACGAUCUAAAUUUGAAUUUUGUUUAUGAAGAAUAUUAUAAGUUUUCAUUUUAUGAGUGUAUUACAGCAAUUGAAAUACUCAGUAAAUUAUAUCUAUUUUUUGUAAUAGAUGCAACUAGUGUUUGUGCUCUAUUUUUUGAUUAUAAAGGAAUAAGUAUACUAGAAAGUGAAAAUAUAUAUUCAAAUAUACAAAAUACACCUUUAUUUUAUGAAGGUGUACUUUCAUUAAAACAAUUGAUUAAAGUAUAUUUAGGUGAUUUAGCUCCAAAUUUGGAUGAAGAAUUUAACAGAAAAUUUUUAGAUGGUGCAAGAUUUGAUAUUGGGAAGUGCCUUGAUGCAUUAGUAAUGUUACCUGAUGAUGAAUUACUUAAUAAACCAUAUGUAAUAGAUUUAUCAACUGCUUCAAGUAGAUGCUUUACAAUAUAUAGAAAAAUUCACUCUGAAGAGAACAGUUUAUUGAAGACACAUAAUAUUUUAUUUAUAGCAAUAUCUAUUAACUGGUUAAUAAUAUCUGUGAAGAAAGAACGUAUUAUAAAUACUAUUAGUGAUAAAGAGAUUUAUAGUGUAGAAAAUAUGGAUAAUAUAAUAUUUUCCUUAAUAAUGUCAAUGCAUGAAGGAUGGAAUAUCUCUGAAUGUUUUAGGCAUAUGAAUAUAUUACAGAGGAUUUCAAGAUUUACAAGUAGAAAGACAACAAUCAAAAUAUUGAAUAAUAACAAUAUUUCAUUAGAACGACAUAUUUUUCCAAAUAGUAUAAAAAGCGAAAUUACAGCAUUUAUAUGUUCAAAAGAUAGCUUAAUAUCUCAAUUAUUAUCUAAAUUAUUACCAAUAAGAGAUUUUUUACAACUAGGGCAGCCAACUCAGAUCCCAAUUACAGAGGCUUCUUAUUUAACUAAUGCAGGGAGUAGUGGUUCCAUUGUUCAUUUAAAAUCAUUAGAUAUGAAAAAUAUUUUUGAUUCUACAUUAGACUCAUUUUAUGCUGUAGAUGUCCCAAGGGGAUAUUUAUCAAAUGCUGUUUCAUUUUCUAUCGUUGGAUUAAAAACAUUUUUGCGUAAUACAUUAUCAUUUCUUUCAUAUGAUACAAUACUAGAAAGGUAUAAUAAGAUCUAUUCAAAAAGUAGUUUUACUCAAUCCUUAAGUGAUGUUAUAACAAUUAUUUUAAUGGGAAAUAACUUAAAAUUGUUACAAGAUACCACAAAUCAAAUAAAUUAUAUUGAUAAAUUCAUAUGUGGUGGGUAUAAUGGGAAUAUCAGAUUAGAUAUUAUAAAAUCAGAAAUUAUACCUGUAUUAGAACAAUCUGGUUUAGAUUAUAUUAAGGAAAUUACAACAUCUUAUAAAAUGUUUGAUUUUGGAAAUUGUAUUAAUCAAAUUAUUAUUUAUAAUUGGUUAAGUAGAUCAUUUUCUUUAUUAAAAUCAGAUCCCAUAAUUCAAUGCGCAAUUAUUGGAAUAUAUUUGGCAAGAAAUAUUGAUUAUAUAAUGGAGGAAAUAAGACUAUAUAUAUUAUCUCAUACAUUUCUGGAAAUAUUAAAAUAUGAUAUACCAAAAAGUUGUUUAAAAAUAUCAUUUAGAGAUACUCCAUCUUUACAUUUAGUUGAACAAGAACAAACACUAGAAGAUAGUUUUAUUCACUGUAUUAAAAAUUAUUUUUUGUCUAUAAAUAUAAAAAAAGUAAUAUUACCAAAGUUAGGUUCUUUGGAAAAUAUAGCUAAUGAUUUUGCAAAAUCGGUUUUACAAUAUGUCGAUAAUCCUAUUACUAAACAUCCAUCAUCACAUUAUGGAAAUAUUCUUUUAGAUAUUUUGAAUAUUCAUCCAAUAAUUGGUCCUAAAAAAAGUUUUGAAAUAAUGUCAUCUUUACGUCCUUUUAAUGGUUUUGAUUAUAAGGAAUUAGUUUCAAAACUAAUUUUACAUGGUAUCCCAGUUGAUGAAAGUAAUUUACUGGGUGCACUUGUAGGUUUUCAGGUGGGAAAAGAUAAGAUACAGCUUACUAAUGAAUUCUUAAAUUGGGUACAGGAUGAGGCUGGAGUAUAUCUGCCAAAUUUGGAUGAUAGGUCGAAGAAAAUUACAUUAGUGUAUUUAUUGGCUAAUAAUAAAUUAAAAGAUAAGACUCAGUGUUCAAAAGAGAUUAGGGAAAUUUAUCAAAAUAUAAUACCUGAUGAGAAAAUUAAGUUUUUGUGCGACUCAUGGGAUAAGUAUUUAGAUUAUUCUCCAACUGAAGAAAGUGUCGAAUUAUAUAAAGAUUGGCUCAAUAAUAAAUUUGGAUCUGGAAUAAAUAGAUAUCCUGGUUCUGAAAAUAUAACUUUUUUUGAUAAUCUUACUAAAAAUUUUAAAAUAGAACUAAAAAGAUAUGAAGAUGAGGAUAAAUUAUUAUCUUUAGAAAUCCCACAAAGUGAUUUACCAAUAUCUUAUAUAUUUCCAAAAAUAUAUACAUCAGAACUUAUGGAUACAAGCAAAGAAAAAAUUCAUGGUUUUCAACUAGAAUCAAAAGAGAUAAUCCUAUUUGAUUCUCUAAAUAAGGCAACGACAUUUGAAUCACUAAAUAUAUCAAGUGGUAAUGAGAUUACUGUUAUGUUUGAAACAUUGUUACCUAACUAUAUGCAAUUAUGCAUUGAAUGGACAGAUAUUAAUGGUUUGGGACAAGGAAAAUCAACUAUUAAAAUACCACAAAAUGCAGGUCCUCAAUUUCUCAUAUGUAGUAUCCAAAAUCUCCCUGAAUUAAGUGAACGCUUUGUAAAAGGUAUAACUUUGCCUAAUGGUGCUUAUUUUGUACGUAAAAUAGAAGACUGUACUCUUAAGAGUGUUUCUAUAUUAGAUGAAUCACUUGAAUUGUUUUCUUUGGGAGUAAGAUCAGAUGAUACAAUUAUUUGUUCAACGGUACUAAAUAAUGAAUCAUUUUUAAAAUUAAAAAUUCAAUGGACAAUUCCUUCAAUUAUAUCAAUAGUCCCAAAACCAAGAUAUCAAAACUUGAUUAAUAUAAAAGAGGAUUAUGUAACUAUCUCUAGGAAUGUCCUAUUUAAAGAUUUUAUUGAUGAAGCUUUAAGUAAAGUGAUGAAAUCAGUAAUUGUACAACAAAUUCAUGAAUAUGAGGAUAAUCCUCAAGAAGAAACAAAAUUAAAUAUAUCUUCAAUUGAAAUACUAGAAAAUUUCUCUAAUAUAGAUAAUAGAGAACUUUCUCCUAAAUCCAAGAUUAUAUUUGUCAAUAAAGACUACUAUAGAAGUCCUCUACAUGAAUUUAAUAUACAGGCUGAUUCAAUAGUUAAAUUAAAUUUGAAUGUGACACCUAGUAGUAGCUUUACAAUUGUAACAGAUUACUUAGAUAUUCAAUAUACCAUUAGAUUAUCAAGUUUACCAAUAGUUAAAUAUUCAAAUAAAGUACCUUUGAUUACAAUGGGAUUGUAUGAAUCUAUUAAGUUAAUCCUUGGAGAAAUUGAGAAUUUUGAAGUUUUAAUUAAAAGUGAAAGUUUUAAAAGUUACAUUGAAUAUCAGAUUUAUUCAGAUAACGAGUAUAAAGAGAUCAUGAAUAUAAAGGUAUUUGAUCCUGUAAAGGAGCUCCUUGAAAAUUCGUUAAUAUUUGUAAAAGUAAAAAAUAUACCCAAAUUGACUCUAAUAAAAUGUUUUGUUGUAGUUAAUAAUAGACCUAUGUUAAACAAAUCAAUAACAAUGUCACCUAAUAUUAGUUGUGGAGAUCUAAAAUCACUAAUUAUUGAAGCAUUUAAUGAUAAACUAAUUCCUACUAGAUUGUUCACUGAAGAAAAUAGAAUCUUGGAUUUUAAUCAAGAUUAUAAUAUUCCAAUUCAAAAACUUGGUUUAAAGGAUGGUGAUGUACUUUAUGUAGAGAUGUUUGAAGAAAAACCAAAUAUAUUUGAUAAUUCUCUAUUAAAUUCCCCUGAUAUUAUGAUAAUACCAUUGGAUUUAAUUGAAAAAGUUCUUCUUUCAUUUGGAUUGAAAUUCAAUUCACAUUAUGUACCCUUUAGAAUUCUGAAUGGAAUACCAGAUCAAUCUGAAACUUUGCUAGGAUUAAGUGUUACAGAUGUAAUUUUACCAGAUUCAUUUUCAAACAUAAAUAUAGUUAAUAAUAUAAUAAACUACUUCUUUCCAUUUAUGGAUAUAGAGAGGAUUAAUGAGGUGAUAGUAAAUUAUAUCUCUAAACCUGAUGAAGAGUUCCCAAGGCCAAUAGAUCGAAUUACACCAGUUUUAAUUGAAGAACCAUUACACGGAUUUUCAAAUAUAGAAAAGUCACUGACAGAUUAUAAAAAUUUUCUCUCUGAUUUACCUGGAACACCUGAAAAACCAUUUAAUAUACUUGAUUGCUUGCGUUCAAUACGUUUAUUCUACUUUAUAUAUACUCCUGAAAUACCCAUCACAAGAAAUAGUGUAUAUAGGAUAUGUUUUAAUAUUGGAACUUCACUAGCAAGGAAAUCAGACUGGCUAAAUAAUAAAGGAAUAGAAGCAGCAAUAUUGGUUUCUCUUGAGGAGUAUAGAUUAUAUAGUAUAGAUGCUAGUUUAUUAAAUUCAAGUAAAUUUUCAGCUGAAGAUUUAAAUUCAGAUAAUUGCGAAAUUGUACUAGGUGAUAUUUUGCCUGUAUCAUUACAGUUUGAUAUAUCUAAUUUUACAAUUCCUCUGCCAACAAACAUAAAUUCAGCAUUGGCAUGCUUUUCAAUAAGAUCUUAUUUAGAUGGAGGAACUAAUAAAAAAAGUACUGAAACUAGCUUGAUUGAUAUACUUCCAGCAUAUAGACUAAGUAAUACACUAGAAACUAAUCUAUCUCUACUAUGGGGUUCUUAUAAUUUAACUGAUAUUCAAAUUCCUAAUCUUAAUUAUUUAAAGCAAGUUACAUCUCCAGUUUUAAAUAUAAAAAAUCUAAUAAUGUUCUUGAUUAAUUAUAUAGAUAAUAAUUUAGUGAGAAGUAAUAAUAUAUUAGAAAAAUAUCCAUCUUGUUCAAUAGUUAUAUCUAUUGGUAUUACUAGAUCUAUUGCUAUUCUUUCAGGAAUAGAUCCAGUUAUUUUUGCAUUGGAGCUAUCAAAGACAUCAAUAUUGCAAGAAUACAGAUCAAGUAAAGUGAUUAGAGCAGAAGUUAAACAGAUAUAUGAUAUUUUAAAAAUAAAUAAUAUAUUAUUUUCAACUAAUGAAGAUGAUCUCUUAUAUAGUGGAUGGAUAUGGAAAUUUAUGGAAUCAAAUAUACCAAAUUUUUCAAAUAUUAAAUCUUUGUUGGCAGACUCAUCUAUUUUCUUGUUAACAGUUAAUUCUAUACAUGGUAUAUGUCCAACAUAUAGUGAAGAAUUAAUUAUUAAUCCUUCAAAAGAGGCAAGAAGUUCAGAAAUUAAAGAUCUUAUCAAAUAUUUAUCUAAUAAAAUUUUAAUUUAUAAAAAAGAUGAAACUUAUAUACUUCCAGAUGCUGCUUUAAAAUUAAAGGUAAAUGAGCUAACCUCCUUAGUAAAAUCUCCUUAUACACUAAAUGUUGGAACAUUUUAUAGAUUAAUUAAAAAGGAUAUUUUAUAUAUUUUGAGUGAAGAAGUGGAGAAAGAAGUGUUAGAAGCAAUCGGUAGUCCUGAUGUCAAUAUCUAUGACUUUUCAUCAGCUCCAUUUCUCAUUUCUUAUUAUGUAUUAUUAAAUGUUAUCCAGAUUCCUAAGGAAAGUAUAUUAGAACAACUUAUUCGAUUUAUUAUAUAUGAAGUUUUAUCAGACCUAGAUAUAGUUGUUGGAAAUUUGGAACUUGAUCGCAUUUUAUUACUGAUAAUAGAAAAAUUUUCAUUUUCAGAUUUGGAAAUAUCGAGAGAUAUUAUGAGCAAAUAUUUAAUGUAUAUUCUUCCACCAAGUUCUCCUGUAUUUAUUUCUUACGAAUAUGUCGAUGUAAUAUGUGACUAUAUAAUUAGUCAAAUUGAGUCUAAAGAACCACUUAUUAAUACAGGAUUCAGACCAUUAAGUAAAGGAAUUGUAGUAGAUUAUUUUCCAAUGAAUCCAAGAACUGAAUUCUAUAAAUUGCUACACGAAGGUAAUAAUAUUGAAAAUUCACUAAGUAUUACAAAGUCAAAGCUUAUAUCUUAUGGAUAUCCCAGUGUGAUUUUAGAUUUGUAUCUAUCUCAUAUAAGGCAUAUUACAUAUAUGUAUAAUAAUGGUAUAAUUCAUACUGGUCGUUUGGAAUCUAUACCAUUUUUAACUAGGUAUCAACAUUUGGCUUCAAUACUUUUAUCAUUUGGAUAUAUUGAUUUCCAAAUACCAUUACUAACAAGUAAUAUAGAUAUUGAUCAUUGUCCUGUUUCUAUAAAUAAUAUUUUGAAUAAUAAUCUAAGAAGGGUUGACCAUAUUUAUCAGAUUUGCAAGACAAUUUGUUUAGAAAUUCACGAAAUAUCACAUAGUGAAUGCGACUUUUUUAUUAUACAAAGUUUAGCAACUAAAUUAUUGGAGCCAAGUAAAGAAAAUAAAUUCAGUUCUAUAUUAUCUAUUCUUGGGCAUUUGAAUUUCAUUGAUUCUAAUAUAGAUCUACUUAAAAAUAUAUUUAUUGACUCAUUGUCACAAAGAGUAAAUAGUAGCUGGAUUAAUAUUUUAAUUAACGAACAAAUAAAUCCAAAUUUUUCAAAAUUAUACAAUAAAAUAUUUUAUGCCUUUUCUAAGACAAAAUAUAAUACUGAAGAAGUAACAAAUUUAAGUUUUAAUUUCUUCCAAAUAUUAGGUGAAUUCAUCUCAAUGUGGACUAAUCCUAUCGGUGAUUAUCUGAUUAGAAAUAUACUAAUAUUUCAAUCAAUAUCAUUAAAAUUGGAACCCCCUCUAUUAAAUAUAUGGCCAGGUAAUAAAUCUUUUAGUGGUUUAUACGCUAAGACAAAUAAACCAACUGUAAGAAUAAUUAAACAAUUAUCUGAGUCAAUAAGGAAUAUCAUUUUAAGUAAUCCUGAGGACUUUAUUAUUAAUGGGAGUGAUGUUAAUUCUAUAAAUAAUGAAACUUUAAAUUCGUAUAUUAUCGAAAUGAUACAUAAUAUAGGACUAACUUAUAAUUAUAAUAUUAAAAGUUUGAUAUCUCAAGAAACAAAUGUGAAAGAUAUCGUAAUUAAACAUAUGAAAGAUAUACAAAAAAGUGAUUAUGAUCUCUAUUCAUAUCUAACUAAUUUGGGGACAUUAAAUGCUGAGUAUAUAUUGCAUACAUGUAUUGAAAAACUUUUGGAAAUGAUUAGUAUUGCGGAUAUUAUUACCUUAACGUAUUCAGAACCAGUUGCAUAUUGCAUAGACAUGACAGAAAAAGUUAUGAUAGAUUUGAGUGUAAAUAUAUUUAGAUUUAAUACACAUUCUACAUUACUAGAAAAAAAUGGUCAAAUGUCUCCAACAGAAAUUCGAAGCAUGAUUAAUAUAGCUAAGAUGAUAUGGAUAUUAGAAAAAAUUAUAUCUUUUUAUAUAUAUGCAUACUCAGGGAUAACAAAGAAAACUGAGAAUGACAUAUUACUACCAUAUACAUUACUUAAAUCAACAGGUUUAUUUAAUUUAAUUACUAUGGCACUUCAAGACGCUUUAAUGAAUUCUGGUAACUCAAAAAUGAUAGACUCAAGUAACCAAAAUAUAGUAAAUAUAGUAAAUUCACUCUUUAAUAACAAAAAAAAUCUGCAGACAUUUUCACUUGGAUUUAAUCCAUGGAAUAUUAAGGAUAUAUUUUCAAAUAUUCUAUAUAUUUCUGGAAAUGAGUUUAUAUAUCGUUUUGGUAGUAAUUUGGGUAUGAACUCUCUGACUUUUAAAGUAUUUUCAAUUUACAAAAUAUUGUUGGAUUAUCUAUCAUUAAAUGUAUAUAGUAAAUCUGUUAAUAAGGAUAAAUUAAAAUACUUUAUAGAUGGUAUUAAUCAUGAAUUAUAUCCAUUUGAUAACUUGAUAUAUUCGUUGACAGACUUCUCUAUUGAAACAUGUAUAGUUGAUUUUUCUUAUAAAUAUUCUAAAGAGACUAAUAAGUUUAUACAGUUAAGGGAAUGGAAUUUAAUCAUUAAAAAUAUUUGUAAUUCUAUUAGUUCUCCGAUAAAACGUGAAAUGGACACUAUAGCUUUGCAUUUUCUCAAAGAAGACAAGAUUUUGUGGCCUCAAUAUAUAGUUGAUUAUCAAGCAAUAGAUUUGAAAAGGGAAAUAGAAAAAUUUAUUAAUUCUAUAUCUCCUAAUAAAUUAGUUUUAUUCUAUCAGCUAUUAGGAUUAUUUGACCUCAAAUUUACUCCAAAGCUACAAUUUAUUAAACAAAAAGUUAAAAAAACAGAUGCACUUCCGGUUUUGAGGCGUAAAUUAAGUAGAUGGAACAAACAAUCUAUUCGAGAAAUUUUUAGAAAACUGAAAUCAAAACAGUUAAUUAUUGAAAAACUAAAGAAACCGGUAGUAAAUCAUAUACAGAAAAUCAUUCCAUUCUUAAAUAGUGCGAUCAGAACCCUUAAUACUCCAAAUAGCUCUAAUUACAGAGAAACUAGGCAUUUUUUCAGUAAAAUGUUAGUUGUAAUGGGAAAUAUUGAAAUCCCAUCGUAUGAAAAGAAAGGAGUAAAUCCAAAUUUAAGUAAAGAAUUUGAUCUUUUUAAAUCUUUACAUGAAGGAACUAGCGAUAUUGUUUGCUAUGGAAUUAGAAUUACGGAAUAUAUACAAAGAAUAUUAUGGUAUUUAUACUAUUGGAAUGUAUUAUCUAAUGAGAUGAAUAUUAUUUUAGGUGAAUUACCUAGACAAAUAAAGAAAAGGACAAAUAAAGUGGAGAGAAAAGAUAAUAUAGUAAAGGAUAAAUCCAAUGAGACAGAAUCUAAUAAAAUCAAAGUUAAUAAGAUUUCUAUCUGGGGAAAGAUUCUUAAAGGUUUCUCUUUACUAAAAGAUCAAAUUAAAAGACCAAUAAAAAAAAAGUAA